AUGGCUUCUGACUCUGCUGAGACGGGAGGCCACGAUAAGGCCUGGGAGAAAGCGCAGCGGAAAUUCUCACGCAAGUCUGCCAGUGAAUACUAUGACCCUUGCCAGGAUUUUGCGGAUCGGAGCCUGAAAUGCAUGAAGCGGAAUGAUUUCGAUCGUGAGAUGUGUCUCGACUACUUCCAAGCCUACCGGGAUUGUAAGAAGAACUGGACAAAGCAAAAGCAAGCUGGGCCACCUACAAACUAA